AUGCCGCGGCGUCGUACUCGGCUGCGCAGCCUGCUCCUCUGCUCCCGGCCUGCCGAUGUCGAGUGCCAAGGCGACACCGACCUCGUGGCCAGCUUCGCCGCGCACGCAGCAGCGGCACGCCGCAGUGCGCUGCUGCGCGAACAGGCCGGCGUCUGCUUCGAUGCGCCUCCGCCUCCGCCGGCCGUCAGCGUGCCUCUUCUGCCGCCUUCGCGUGCGUCGGCUGCGGCGCAGAAGCAGGAGCAGCAGCAGGAGCCGCGCAAGCAGCGCAGCAGCAACACCAGGCGCUUUGCGCGCCGCAAGUCGGAGCAAGGUAGCAGUGUGCGCAUCGGCGAGCAUGCGCCUGCGAUGCGCGCGCGGCAGCCCGAGAACGACGUCGACGUCGACGUCGAGGCUGAUGCUAGGAGCGCUGCGCCUGGCGAGACGGUGGCGUUUGCAGGGGAGCGCUUCGAGGGCGACGUCGAGAAGGACGACGCUGCGAGACUGCCGGUGCCUUGCGGCUUCGAGCUUCAGCAGCUGCUGCAAGGCACUCGACGCGGGCCUGACUCGGACUCGUACCGCCUUGCCCUGCGCGCUGCCUCUUCGACAUCGACAUCGACGAUGGUGCACCUCCCCGAGUCGCAGCAGCAGAAGCUUGCUGCCUUUGCCGUCGUCGCCGCCGCCGAAGCCGCUGCCAUCGUCGCCGCCGAUGCACAGCGCCUCCAGGCGCGUCGCACACUCGCGGCGCCUCUUCCUCCCACACGCGGCAGUUCGCGUCUGCUCUCCUCCGAUGCUCUGCCUUCGUCUUCGUCGUGCAAGCAACAGCGUCUGAGCGUGCUCUCCACCCACAGUGCACUCAGCAGCUCGACGUGCCACAGCGGCCUCAGCGGCGACGAAAGCAACAUGGACGACGUACUGAUGCAUUUCCCAAGUCUGCUGCCCAUUACUAUCCCCCUCGACGAUCUGCCCGCCGCUCAACUCGAGGCGCUACUGCGACGCCAGACCAGCGGCGAGACGCUCGUCGCUGCUUCGCUGUACUCGCAAGACUCGGCACCUUCGCCGAGCACGCCUCGCGAGGGCUGCGCAGCGACGGCGACGUACGAGCUCGCUGCCAUCUCCUUUGCUUCCGUCUCCUCCAACGACGAGCUCGACGCGCCAGACGAGACAGAUGACAAUUCGGCGUACUCGCAACUCGACUGCUCUUACUCGCACGAGCACGAGGGCGAAGCGAGCAGCGCGAGCAAGACGCCGCAGCGACCUUUUCUUUUCUCCCGCCCUUCGCUCGACGGCCUCGGGCUUCACACGACUGCUUCCGUCUGCACCACGAGCGCCGGCGCUGCGCCGCUGGGCAUGGCCAACGAGAAGGACAGCAUGUCGUGCUCGGCCAGUCGGGAAGCUGCGCUGUCUGCACUCUGCGGCGGCGCGAGCACGGCCUCUUCGACGGCGUCCAAGCAGCAGGAGGAGGAGGAGAAGUCGGAACCGACGGCACGUCUCUCGAUUGACGAACGCCUGGUGGCGCAGAUGGAGCAGCCGCAUUGGCGCUCUAGCGUCGUGCAGCGCUUUCAUGAGCAUGUCGCACUCACUGUCGCCUCGCUCGGCGCAGGCGAGAGCAGGAUGCUCGGCGCAACGACGGCAUCAGCGGCGCCGCGGCUGGCAGACUCCUCCUCCUCCCCCAACGACGACGACGACGACGGCGACGGCGACGCACGUGUCUCGUUCCUCUAGCUCCCUCUGCCUGCGUGCUGCCCAUUCUCGCAGUCGUUGCUCCUCCUCCUCCUCCAGCAGCGCGCCUGCUCAAGCGCCGCAGCUGCCCACGUGCACGCCUGCCUUUGCCGUUGCAGCCGCACGCCUCGUGCGCGCAGACGGCCUCGGGCCGCUCUCCUCGUCCGCACACGCGCGGCUGUACGAGUGCCGCACUGCCACUUCCUCCGGCCACAUCGACGGCGCAGGUGGGGGCAGCGCUUGGAGUGCAGCAGCGGCGGCGGCGGCGGCGGCGACACGGCCGAUGCAGCAGCUGCUGCCACUCGACUCGGGCGCAGCGCCGGGCGCCGAGAGGUGGUUCGAGAGCGCGGGCAUUGCG